CCGGGGUGCCGAGAGCUUCAUGGUGUUACAUCUCAUCUAGAAAUAGCUUUAUAUAGCAAAACGUAACAGUUGUAGAGCCAACCAAGUAGGUGUGAAAGACAGGACUCAACUCAAUUUUUAAGCUGCAGCUGAUGAAGAUUCAAGGAGAAGCUGCGGUUCCAAAGACCUGAGAUCCAAAAUACAUCCAAUCGAACCACUCAACGUCAGGUGCCAGUAUUAGUGGAGGGCAAUUACAGUGUUUCACUGCUUGAAGUUUCAGCUUCAACUUCAGCGCCGAUCCAUCCAGAAUCACAAUGCUCUUCCGGAAGCUCACUCUACUCACCUUUAUUGCAGCUCAGGGCUUGUUUGUUUCUGGAGAGAAUAUGAUUACCUGCGAAGGUGAUAUCCAUCGCCUUACUUGUGACACUGGACUGAUAAAAGUGAAAUCUUCUUUGUACGGCCGUACUUACAAUGAUACCUGUAGUUUUAACUGGUCACCAUCUGAGGUUGUCAAUACCAGCUGUUCCUUGAAGAUUUCCACUAUUGCUGAUAGGUGCAAUGGACUAAGAGAGUGUGAGUUAAAGACGGAUUUAUUUGACACCCCUGACCCAUGUUAUGGAACUUACAAGUACUACAACACCACUUAUGACUGCAUCAAUGGCCGGGUCACUGUGAUCUGUGAGCAUGGCUACAGCACACUGGACUGUGAAGAUGGUUCUAUUCAAAUCAUAAAUGCAAACUAUGGACGUGCUGAUUCAGUAACCUGCUCCAAUGGACUCUCUAACAAUUUGAUCAAGAACACCAACUGUUAUGCUCCAAACACACUCUCAACUGUGGCCGCACUGUGCAAUGGACAGAGGAGAUGCACUGUAGAAGCUUCACACAAAAUCUUUACCGAUCCUUGCAGUGAGACUGUUAAAUAUCUCACUGUGUCUUACAUCUGCACUAGAGAAACUGUGACCUGUGAAGGAAAUAUUGCUGUGCUGACAUGUGAUGCUGACCAUUUAAAGAUCGUCAGUGCUAACUACGGCCGAACCGAUUCAACCACAUGUUCUUCAGGACGACCCCUGAGUCAAAUCUCCUAUACAAAUUGCUACACACCUAAUGCACUAAAUGGAGUUGCAGCUAGAUGUGAAGGAAAGAGCAGCUGUGUGGUGCCAGCAACAAAUGAUGUUUUUUCUGACCCCUGUGUUGGCACCUAUAAGUACCUGACAGUUGUGUACAUCUGUAUCUAACUUGCUACAGCUUUCUUUCUUCCCCUUGUUCUUUUGACUGCUGUUGACAGCAUAACUUGAGGGAUUCCAGCUUUCUCCCCAGUCUCUUCAGCCUGAAAAGGAAUUAGACCGCAAACAUGUGCAAACAUGCAGAUGAUAGAGUGCAGGAGUUUUGCUGUUGGUGCACUUAACAUUUGCAUAUUAUAUCAACUGCUGUAAUGAAAAUAAACUAGACUUUACUAUAUGACAUAUUCAGUGAUUCUUAUUAAAUUUACUGAAGUUAUUCAGUCAA